UGUAGUUCUUGGCUCAUUUUAUGGCCACUUGAUAAUGUUUGGAUUUCUCUGACAACUGAACGACGCCAUCGGCAGAGACAGAGAUGAGCCUGCCACAGGUAUUCACUCGAGUGAGACUACUCCUGCCAAAUUCAGAUUUAAGCAAACUUCACAGCAAGACUAUGAAACAUAAAUAUAAAGAUGUGAAUGGUGUCGCCAGCGAGUCAUUUCAAGAGGCUGAAGAUAUUUACAGGAAGAGUGUAAUUAUACAAACAACAUGUAAUGGAAGUAGGGAUCUAAGACAGGAGGGGAGACCAGCUCAAAGUGACCCCUUAGAAACUGAACCAGUUGAGGUUGAUGACAUUUUAAUGCAUUACAUUGAAAAAAUGAAAUCUAAGGAACUUGACAUAAUUAAAAAAAGGAAUGCAGUUAUUAUGAAGAGAGACAAUAGAUUGGUAACCUUUUUGCCUCAGUCUGGUAACAGCCUUCAUGCUCAGUUUGCACGAGAACAGUUUAUAACAUUAUAUCAAAAGAUUGCAACAGGGCUGCAAACUCGGACGUAUUUUUACAGUCCAGGAAUUACCGUGCUUUGCAAAGCAGAAUUUCCAGAACUGCUAAUAUCUCAUAAAGAUGAAAGGCAAUUUCAACUGAUUGGCAACUUCAUUAGUCUUGAAAGAUUUGGGAAAUGUUUGAAUGGGAUUACACAGAGAUAUUCACAUUACCAAACCCCAAAUAAAACAAAAGUCUAUGAAACACCUUACAGGCAAAAUGUGGAUCAACAGAAAUCAAUAGACCAAGCCAAAGAUGAGAUGUGUCCAAUUUGUUUGGAACCACUCAAGACAUCUGAAUGCACAGUCUUGCCUAAAUGUAAGCACAGAUUUUGUAAAGACUGUUUGAAAAGAGCAUUCCAGUUGAAACCAACUUGCCCGAUAUGCGGAGAGAUAUACGGCAGUCUUACAGGGACGCAACCGAAAGGAGGAUCCAUGACUGUCUCAUGGGAAAGCUCCUCUCUCCCUGGAUAUGCAAAAUAUGGAACAAUCCUAAUUAGCUACCAUAUACCAAGUGGACGUCAGGGGGACGAACACCCAAACCCAGGCAUGCCAUACCAGGGUGUGUCCCGCAUAGCUUACCUCCCUGAAUCAACAGAGGGGAAGAAGGUACUGAAGCUUCUGCAGAGGGCAUUCGACCAGCGACUCACUUUCACCAUCGGACGCUCAUCUACUACCGGUCAGAACAAUGUGGUGACCUGGAAUGACAUUCACCAUAAGACGUCUCGUGAUGGAGGGCCAACUUGUUAUGGUUACCCAGAUCCAGAGUACCUCAAACGAGUACAAGACGAGCUGAAAGCCAAAGGAAUCUAUUGAUUAUACAGACUGAACCUUGUAAUCAAUUCAGACACUACAUUUACUAUACUAUUACAACCAGCAGUCAUACUGAAAACAAGGACAAGAAUGAAGUAUUAUUGCUAUCUUGUGAUUACUGGUCAAAGUAUGGCACUUAUAUUUUUUACAGGCAGUCUUAAUUUUUUAUGUUUUUCUUAAUGUUUUGAAUGUAUGAAUUUCAUGAAGCAGCAUAAGAGACACAGAGUUAGCGGGCCGGGCCAUU